AUGUCCGCCGUCGAAGAAGCCAAGCGCGCCGCCGCCAAGGUCGCCGUCGAAAAGCACUACCCCAAGGAUGCCCGCUGGGUCGGUAUCGGCAGCGGUACGACAAUCGUGUACGUCGUUGAGGCCAUCAAGGGUCUCGGAGUUGACACCUCCGCCACGAAGUACAUCCCGACCGGUUACCAGUCCAAGCAGCUGAUUAUCAGUGCCGGAUUGACUGCUGUUGAGUAUGACAGCAUUCCGUUGGGCACUGUUCUCGACGUGGCGUUCGAUGGUGCGGACGAGGUCGACGAGGAUUUGAACUGCAUCAAGGGUGGUGGUGCUUGCUUGUUCCAGGAGAAGAUUGUCGCUAUGCAAGCCAAGGAGUUUAUCUGUGUUGCUGAUCACCGAAAACUCCAACCCCGUCUCCUCACAAACUGGAAAUCAAUCCCCAUCGAGGUCGCCCCGAUCGCCGCCCACCGCGUUAUCCGCAAGCUGCAGGAACUCGGCAGUGUCAACCCCGCCAUCCGCCCGUCCGCGAGCGCCAAGGAAGGUCCCCUCAAGACCGAUCAGGGCUUCUUCAUUAUCGAUGCUCCCUUCAAGCCGAUGCUGAUUAAGGCCGAUCUCGAGGCUGGCCAGGAUGGUAAUGGCAAGGAUGGUGUGUGGGCGGUUGGUGUGUUGGCUCGCAAGAUCAAGGAGAUUACCGGUGUGCUUGAGGUCGGUAUUUUCCACGGCCAGACCGGUCCCCAGGCUACUGCUGCCGGUGGCAUUGGUGGUGAGCGGCCUGUUGCAGCCUACUUCGGUAUGGCCGAUGGGACAGUCUCUGUUCGCAAGGCUGAGUAG